UGUGUUUGAAAUAUCUAAAACCAAAAAGUUUCAUCUCUUCAUUCCGCCAAAUUGACUGGUGAUGACGUGGCAACUUUACCCACGUGUAAAAGCGUCUACAACUGUAUCGUUUCUUUUGAUAUUUUGUUUCUCUCUUUCUCUCUGAUAUUUUUCAUUUUCUUCUUCUUCUCUCUCUCUCUCCACAAAGAUAAGCCAACAAUGGUUGGUGAUUACAGAGGACGCUUUAGUAGCCGUCGUUUCUCCGAUGACUCUGACGAUUCUUCCGACGAUGCUUCUUCCGUGGAGGGAGAGACCACUUCUUCCAUGUACUCUGCGGGGAAAGAGUAUAUGGAAACAGAAUGGACUAAUGAGAAGCAUAGUUUAUAUCUUAAAUCUAUGGAAGCUUCAUUCGUAGAUCAGUUAUAUAACUCGCUCGGAGCUCUCGGGAAGAACGAGAAUGUAUCCGAAUCAACGAGGUUCGGUAGCGGUAGAAAACCGUCUCAAGAACAGUUCAAGGUUCUUCAUGAUGGUUUCUGGCAGAAGAUUAAUGUGAAACAACCUGAACAUCGGAUUAACGGAAGGCACGGUGGUAAUUCUCAUGAGUUUCUUAGGAGUCCAUGGAUUAAGCAUUAUAAACCUUUAGUAAAGACACAAAUCCCGGUAACGGAUGAGCCCGAAAAUCAAGUUGUUAGCAGCUCUAAUGGGAAGAAGGGAAUAUGCAGCUCUGGCUCAGCCUCUAGUCUCAAGCAGCUAAGCUCUCAUUCGCGUGACCACGACCAAAUCAGCGUUGGAGAAGCAGAGGUAUCGGAUCAGAACUUUGUUAACGAAGGAAUAAAAGGCGAAAACGGAAGCUCGAAGAAGAUGAAGACGGUGAUGAUGAGUGAAUCGUCGAGUACCGAUCAGGUUGUUCCACUCAAUAAACUCUUGCAACAUGACGUAAAUUUGAAGUCUGUUUCUUGAGAGGUCAGAUGGUGAAGCUUUAUAUGAGGAGAGAAUUUUGUAAUGUAUAUAUAUUUGCAUAACUUAUAAGUCAAAUUUACUAUCCUUAGUUACAAGUUUCUUCAUCAUAUAUCCCUAACUAUAAAUAUAUUUAUAUGCUCAUGUGAGUGGAUUCAUUUGUACUGUAAAACCCUUAGAAAGACGUCAAAUUAGUAUUUGAUGGUUUAGUGUUGUCUUGUUACCACUAUAGUAUAAAAUUUCAAGUUCCUUAAUUUUCUUUUAUGUUGCCCAUACAAUAAAAAUGGUGGUCGAAUAAAGGUAAAAGAUAAUAAAAAAUAAUUGAGCCGGUUAUUAUACAAACGGUGUUGUUUGGAUAAAGCUAAUUGGCUAAGGGUUGUGUAUGUGUUGGAAUCAAACCUUGAUUAAUUUCGAAGAAGAAUCUAGGAAUGAGAAAAGAAAGUGAAGAGG